ACCCGCUCCAAGAAAACGGGUGGCAAAAAAUCUGCUCGCUGCCAAGCACGACGGAGGAGGAGAAGAGCAGGCCCCAACUCCCAAGCGGCGCCCAGUGAGCAACGACCGUGAGCUAGCUCGAUUCCGCUCCGCUCCGGUUCGAUUCGAUUCCUUCCGCGGCAUCCUCCUCCCGGCCAAACCAGCCCCUCUCCGUCCCUGCUCGAAGCAAGCUUUGGAGUCUACAUAUCGAUGAGCAUUUGAAAGGAGAAUUGUCAUACAUAUAGCAGUUGAAAAGGAUGGGUUAUGGCAUGAGUAGGCUACAGGGAUCCAGUGAGCCUGAAGGGCAGAAUAGUGAUGGAUCUAGUUCAGUCGAAGUGAAUAAUGAUUUCUCAAAAUUACAUAAUGAUAUUUUCCAUAUGACUCGACUAAGAUCAGGACCUAGUGAAAGCAUCCGCAAGUCCAUGGAUAGAGUCUCAGUAACUAGGUUGUUACGUGGAAGGGAAGUUAAUUCUUCAGGAAAUGGAAAGUUCUCUCCGGUUGAUCGUGCAUUCGUUCUUGGUCAUUAUCUUCCAGUGGAUGGUCCUGAGACGGUGGAUACGAUGGAUUCACGAGCUUAUGUUUCACAGUUUUCUGCCGAUGGUUCUCUUUUUGUUGCUGGUUUUCAGGGAAGCCACAUAAGAAUAUAUGAUGUCGAUAAAGGUUGGGAAAUACACAAGGACAUUCAUGCUAGAAGUUUGAGAUGGACAAUUAGUGAUGCAGCGUUAUCACCUGAUCAAAGGUUCCUCGUCUACUCUAGUCUGGCACCCAUUAUCCAUAUUGUCAAUGUUGGCACUGCUUCAAAAGAAUCAUAUGCUAAUGUCACUGACAUCCAUGAUGGAUUAGAUUUUUCAGAGCAUGAAGAUGUUAGAUAUUCAUUUGGACUCUUUUCUGUUAAAUUUUCCACUGAUGGACGGGAGCUUGUUGCUGGCAGUAAUGAUGAUUCAAUAUAUGUCUAUGACCUUCAGGCAAACAAAGUGACAUUGCGUUUGCCUGCCCAUACAUCUGAUGUCAACACAGUAGCAUUUGCUGAUGAAUCUGGUAACCUACUUUAUUCUGGAAGCGAUGAUAACUUGUGCAAGGUCUGGGACAGACGUUGUUUGUCCACAGGGGAAGCGGCUGGGGUUUUGACUGGACAUCUGCAUGGCAUUACUCAUAUUGACAGCCGUGGAGAUGGUAGAUGUUUCAUAUCAAAUGGAAAAGAUCAAGCUAUUAAGAUGUGGGACAUCCGGAAAAUGACAUCCAAUGCUGAUGGUUCCGAAAACAGAGUCCCUGCCUGGGACUACAGAUAUUCAAGAUAUCCACAACAGUACAAGCAACAAAAGCAUCCACAUGACCAGUCAGUAGCUACAUACCGGGGCCAUUCAGUUCUCCGUACAUUAAUUCGCUGCUAUUUUUCUCCCACAUAUAGCACAGGACAGAAGUACAUAUAUACAGGAUCUUAUGAUGCUAGUGUCUGCAUCUAUGAUGUGGUAAGUGGGUCGCAAGUUGCCAAACUGCAAGGACAUCAUCAUUUGGCAGUUCGAGACUGCAGCUGGCAUCCGUCCGAUCCAAUGCUUGUCAGUUCAUCAUGGGACGGCCAGGUCGCGAGAUGGUCCAGGACUCGCUCCGAGCAAGAUACUUGUGAAUCCAGUUAAAUCGAGUGUGCAGAUACUUCGCGUGUCCUGUAAUCUUCCGAUAUCAUGUGCAAUCUUGGGUCACAAGGGAUACUCGACACAGUUUGACGAAACAAUAGAAAAUGAAAAGGAACUCUAGCUGUGAUGUACAUAUAAAAUGGAUGCCAAGCCAAGUGCAUAUGUAGUAGUAUUUCAUUACACCUUCGGAGAAGGUAACGAAACAGCCUAUCCUUAGAUGGUGCAUACGUGUAUACGUCCUUUGUUUAUGUGAUUACUGGGUUGUUUUUGCUCUUCCGCUGAGCAGUUGCAGUUCAUCCUUUCAGAAGCAGAACUGUUUGUACUUCGUGAGAGAAAUUUGUUAUAGAAAAAGCACUGUAUAUUUGUACCUAUGUAUACUACCUGUACUUUGCAAGAAAUUUCUCGCGGCUAGAGGUAGUCGUGGUUUCAUA